GUACUGUUCAUAACACUGUUCAUAUAACACUGUUCACACACCGAGGGCCAACAAUUAACGGGGAUUUAAAUGAUUUAGUUUGUGAUAUAAUAACGAAUUUGGAGAUAUCUGAUAAUGUGGAGAUUUAUAGAAAUAGCAUCGUAAUUAAAGGUAGUCUUAAUGAUGAUUUCAGUGUGAAUUUGUGAUAGUAUGGUGAUUAAUUCUCAGAUAUUUGAUUAGGUUACUGCUCGUUUUGUCAGUUAGCACUGAGAUCGAGUUUUCGGUUUUAUGCGAGUGAGGUAAGUAGAUUAUGGUAACGCCUUUCGAUUUUAAAAGCAUGUUUUGAUUUGCUUUUGAAGUAGUGGCAGGACUAAACCCGUUUUACAAGAGUAUGAUUGAUUUGAAGUGAAAUUUUUAUUCUUUUCAUUAAAUUGAGCAUGCCUACUUGAAAUUUAAUUGAUUGUCCUGAUGAUCUGAAAGUGAUUGGUGAAUUAUGAUUUUUCUGUUAACUUCAGCCUGUUUUAUCUCCGAUGUGGUCAUGUUAUUAGUGACCCUGCUAGUGGGGGAGUUUAUAAACGCUAGCACAUGUCGACAUGUAUUUCUGUAGAGCUGGUUCCUCCAGCCAGUGGGAGUUGUUAAACACUGGUAUUUCAGUGACCCUGCUAGUGGGGAUUAUACACCAGCAAAUCGUGUGCCUGCCAGUGGGAGGUUUAUAACACUGGCCGUGACCUAUAGAGGAGACGUCUAUUUUGUUCCUAUAUUGUAUCCGUUUUUCAUGAUUGCACUUGUUGGCAUGCUAUAAGUUAAUAAAGGGCACUCCAUAUUUACUUACUGAGUUUAUCUCAUAGUUUUCCUUGUCCACCAUUUUAGGAAGCGAAACCGAGGACGAGGAAACCACGGGAAGUGACGAGUUAGAAGGCUAGCCAUUUCGAGAUUGAUAUAGAUUUUAGAAAUAAAUCACGAUCUUAUAA